AUGAACAGAGACAUCAAUGGACAAGAAAGUGGCGAGACGCUGGCUCCACUUGCUUAUCCGUCCUCUGGUGUCACACAGUCACUAUGGCGCAUCUUUGAGUAUGGAGUGACGUCGGAGCAGGGCACCCGAAAGACAAUGGAGGACCAGCACGCCAUGGUCUCAGAGACCAUCCCUUUCUUUGCCGUGUAUGACGGGCAUGGUGGCACGCAAUGCGCCGAGUUUCUCCGCGACAAUUUGCACACAUUAAUUCUUAGUCACCCAGAUGUCAUGACGAAUCCCGAGAAGGCGGUACGUGAUGGGAUAGCCAAGGCUGAGGCGGAUUUUCUCACAAGAUGUGCCAAUGGCAAAUGUGAGUCUGGCAGCACGUGUGCCGUUGCCAUGAUUGUGGACGACGCACUAGUGACGGGUAAUGUUGGCGAUACUGAGAUAGUAUUGUGUCGUGCGGGGUCUCCAUUGGUGCUGUCAAAGAAGCACAGCUUGCAUAGCAACGCGGCGGAGAGCGAGCGUGUCAAGGCCUGCGGCGGCAGGAUCAUCAGUAACCGCGUGGGGCAUCCAAAGUUUAACCCUCAAGUGCUGAGCCUGGGAAUUACCCGUGCCAUAGGCGAUGCCGGAUUCAAGUUGGAUGAAUACACCGACGGAAAGCCGUCGGGCAUCAUUGCCGAUG